CGAGGAUACACAAGGGAGAAUUUUUUCCCAGUGUGGUCAGUAGGGAAGGAAGAGGGUGUGGUUUCAUGGCGAUGCUGGCGGCGGCGGUGGUGUGGUGAGAAGAAUGUGGACCUGCCAGGCGAUUGGUGGAGCUGGCGGCGCUGGCAGGGGGCCGCAGAUCGAUCGCCGCCCGGAAAUGCGCUGCUAAUUUGCUCUUGGAUCGCUGUAUUUCGGGAAUGCUGGCGCCCCGAUCCACGGCGCGCUGCCUCUAGGUCGAUGGAUUGGGCCCCGAGCUAGGAUUGAGUAGGAGCUAGCUGCCUGGCACCAGGGAUUCUCGAUCUCUCCCACACCACACCGCAGGGUUAAUGGAUUUGGAGGGCCGGGAAAUUCACGUCUUGGCUGUUGACGACAGCCAUCUCGAUCGCAAAGUCGUGGAGCGGCUACUCAAGAAUUCGUCCUACAAAGUGACCACUGUUGAUAGUGCUUUUCGAGCGCUGGAAGUUCUGGGCAUUGUUGGAAGCGCUCCAGUUGUGAUCAAUGCCAUUAAAAUAAACUUGAUCAUCACGGACUAUUGUAUGCCGGAAAUGACAGGCUAUGAUCUGCUCAAGAAGGUCAAGGAGAGCUCGGCUUUAAAGGAAAUCCCCGUGGUGAUUAUGUCCUCUGAAAACGUUGCGGAGCGAAUCACCAUGUGCAUGGCGGAGGGAGCCAAAGAGUUCAUUCUCAAGCCUUUGCGAGUGGCCGACGUGAAGCGGUUGCGUAGCCACAUCCAGCGCCAUGACGACGACGACGACGACGACGACGACGAUUGCGUCGAGAGCUGCCGGUUGCCGUGCUUGAAACGAAAGCCCACUCUCACGGACGCUUCCAGGCUCGAAGAGGCGUCUUCGCUCAAGCGUCCCAAGGCUGCUCCUGGUAACUUAACAACAGCGACCAUGGCGGACGCUCCCGAAAACACUAAGUGUCCUGCUACGAGUGACAAAGAAACGAUCAGCGCAAUUGUAGUGGAUGGUGCUACCGCUACCAAAUUGACAGAGAGCACGAAAGGAGAGCGGCUACUAAACCCGGUGGAGAGCAUGACGUUGCGGAAGGUCGAAAUCAAUAACACUGUCGUCUCGUCCUCGAGACAAGCUCCUGCCAUUGCGGGAGGGCUAGAAACAACAGGUGAAAUUUCACCAGUCUUGUAGCUGUGCGUUUGUAUUCUUUCCUGGAUUCAAACACCGAAAAACUUUCACGCAAA